AUGGAGGAGGAGAGUGUGAAGGAGGGGAGUGAGAAGCCACGGGGAGCGCGGACAGCGGACAAGGCUGGCUGGAUCAAGAAGAGUGGUGGAGGCCUCCUGAGUCUCUGGAAAGACCGCUACUUGCUCCUCUGCCAGACCCAGCUGCUGGUUUACGAGAAUGAGGAUGAGCAGAAGUGUGUGGAGACAGUGGAGCUGGGCAGCUAUGAGAAGUGCCAGGACCUUCGUGCCCUCCUCAAGCGGAAACACCGCUUUAUCCUGCUGCGAUCCCCAGGGAACAAGGUCAGCGACAUCAAAUUCCAGGCACCCAGCGGGGAGGAGAAGGAAUCCUGGAUCAAAGCCCUCAACGAAGGAAUCAACAGAGGCAAGAACAAGGCCUUUGAUGAGGUAAAGGUGGAUAAGAGCUGUGCCCUGGAGCAUGUGACACGGGACAGGGUGCGGGCAGGCCAGCGGCGCCGGCCACCCACAAGAAUCCACCUGAAAGAGGUGGCCAACGCAGCUUCUGAUGGGCUUUUGCGCCUGGACCUCGAUGUUCCUGACAGUGGGCCACCAGUGUUUGUCCCCAGUGAUGAUGGCAAUGCAGCCCAGCCCCAGGAGAUACUCCAGCCCCCUAUGCCUCCCACCAAGCCUUCUCCAGUGCCUGAGAUGACCAGCAUUGGUGAAAGGGCAGAGACACCUGUGGAGGAAAGAGCUCCAACCCCUGUCUCAGUGAGCACUGAGACCCACCCUGAAAGCCAAGAGGAUGCAGAGACCCCAGCCAGGGAGGACAAGGAUUCCAAGCAGCCCCCCAACAGGAUCCUGCCUGACAUACUGAAGGUGAGCUGGGAGAAGCCCAGCCCUGAGGAGCCCCCUGCCUCUGAGAGUACAGGAGCAUCCCAGCUAUCCUGUUCUGAGGCUUCUGAGGCUGUCUCCAAGGAGGGUGGGAAGCCCCCUACGCCCCCACCUAAGAUCUUAUCAGAGAAACUAAAAGCCUCCAUGAGUGGGCUGCAGGCUUCUGGGCCAACCCAGAGUCCUGGGGUCCCUGAGACCUCUACCCCAGGCCCAGCCCAGGUCUCAGUGAAUGGCAUGGAUGAUAGCUCUGAGCCUGCCAAGCCGUCCAAGGCCAUGGCCACCCCAGGAACCCACCAGAAGGAUGCAACAACAUCCACCACACCACCUCUUUGGGACCCAUCACCUCAGUUCCAUCCCCGCUGUUCCUCCCUUGGGGACCUGCUUGGGGAGGGCCCCCAGCAUCCACAGCAGCCCAGGGAACGACUGUAUCAGGCUGAGCUGGAGGUGAAGGUGGCCUCAAAACAGACAGAACAACUGUUGAACAAGGUGCUGGGCAGUGAGCCAGUUCCUGUGAGUGCCGAGACACUGCUCAGCCAGGCUGUGGAGCAGCUGAGGCAGGCCACUCAAGUCCUGCAGGAAAUCAGAGAUUUUGGGGAACGGAGCCAGGAAGCACCUGGGCUAAGGGAGAAGCGGAAGGAGCUGGUCACUCUCUACAGGAGAAGUGCACCCUAA